UGUGUGUUUAAUACAUGUACCUGUAGGAGGCUGCUCACAGAGAACAGAUGUUGGAGAACAAGUUGGCCAUGUUACAGAGGGUGAUGUCAGAAACCCAGGAGGCGUCCCAGUCCAGCUGGCAGGCACUGAUCGAUGAGGACAGGCUCCUGUCCAGACUGGAGGUGCUGGAGAGCCAACUGCAGGCUUUUGCCAAGAACCAGACAGAAGAGAGCCUGCGGAAGGAACUAGUGGCCUUGCAGGAGGAUAAACACAUCUACGAGAACACAGCUAAGGAGUCAUUGAGAAGAAUAUUUCAAGAGAAACUGGAUAUUGUGACCAAGCUGUCUGACACAGAGCGCACCUGCAGUAAUGUGGAAGAUGAGUGCACACAUCUGAAGGAGUCGUACGAAAUGUCACAGGAAGAGCUGAAGGCCUUGGCAGCAAAACAUUCAGACAAGCUAAAAGAUCUGCAAGAACUGUCGGAGAAGAUGAGGGAUGCAGAAAGAAAACAUGAGGAGGCGACACGAAAGACUAACCAGGACAAAGAUGAGCUGGAGAAGAGGAUAAGGGACUUGUCCAGCAAAGAAGAGAAUCUGUUGGCGAAGCUGGAGGCUCUUCAGGCUGAAAAUGACUUCAGCAAAGAACAACUAGUAGCCAUGAAAACACGAUUGGAGCAGAAUCAUGACUCUCAGAGAGAGAGGCCGGUAGAAGACCAGGAAGUUCAGGUGGACAUCACUGCAGAGAACAAUAAUGAGAACGAUGAACCAGACAUAACAAUUCCCAUCACUGUACAACUUGACUACCUCAACAAUGUGGAGAUGGCCGACGGCGCUGCGGAUUCCCUUACAUCUCAGGACCUCACAGAGACAACAGACAGAUUGAAAGAAAUUGUGCAUUUUAAAGCAUCUUUGUUGGAGAAAGAAGAACUGUUGGAACAGAGUAGACAGAGGAUGGAAGAUUUCAAAGGUCAGCUAGACAGAGCCCAGGAAGACGCCAACACUAGUGCCCAACAAGUUGCUGACUUAGAAGAAAAGCUGUCCAGUUUUGAAGACAGAGCAGAAGAACUAGUGGAGUCAGCACUUACCGAAAUCAGAAGGCAACUAGAGGAAUCUAAACUUCAGAAUGAAGCAAAAAACGAGAUCAUUAAACAGCUGAAAGACAAGUUGUCCCAGUCUGAACGUCAGAACCUGCAGUGGUUGAGGAAGGACCUGGUUCAGAAGGAGGCAAUGGGUACAGAGCUCAAUAAUCAUGUUCACGACAGUGCCACCUGUGCACAGACUGAAGACAUGCAGCUGGAUAGCAGGUGCACAGCUGAACAGGUGCAAAGAUUGAGAGAAGAGCUCCUUGAAACAAAAGAAACAUUAAAAAGAGCAGAAGACAGACUGGCCAAAUCAGCAGAACUGGAAGCCAGGUUAAGGCCAGGCACAGAGGAAGCUUCUAAUUCUGGGCUGCAAACUGAAGAAAAGGCCACACAAAAUGGAAAUCUUGAUGACAUCAACUUUGAAGACAAAUCCGAGCUGGAGGAACUUAGAGGGGAGUUGGUUGCAGCUCAGGGCGACACCCGACAACGUCUGGAGGAGAUCCGCCAGCUGAGAGAACAGCUGCAGGAGACCCAGUCUAUCGCUAGGGAGCGCUCCAACCAUUGUUUUGAACUACAAGACCAGCUUAACAAGGCUGAAGGUACUGCACAUGAUGUCAAGCAACAGAUUCUUGCUCUGAGAGAUCGCCUGAUAGAAGAAGAGAGGGCUUCCAAGGAAAAUCACCAAGAAGCAAAAAACCUAAAAGAGCAACUUGUAAGAGCGCAACAAAGUAGUAAGGAAAGCCAGAAUGAAGCGGAGAAACUGAGAGGACAACUGCAGGAGUGUCAGUGUGAGCUGGAGAGGUUAAAGGUCACACAGGACAAUAAGGACAACAGAGUCAGGAAGAACAGUGAGCAAGGUGGCAAAAACAAAGAAAUGUCGUACAAAGAAGAAUGCGGUACCCUGAGGAAGAGGGUACAGAGUCUGGAAGAGGACCUCAACAGAGCCAGGAAGGAGACCACCAAGUUGACAGCUGAAGUCAACAGACUUGAGGCGGCAAAUCGUGAGUUUGAGAUGAAGUACCAGGCACAGAAGGACAAAACAGACAACAAGGCUAUAGAGUGGAGAAUGGAGCUGAACGAGGCUCAUCGAGAGGCUGAUAAGAGCAGACAGGAGUGUGGCUCUGCCAGGGCUGAGGUGGAACUUCUCCAGGAGAGACUGAAGAACAGCCAGCGGGAGACAGAGCAGCUGAAGGAGGACAUCAGGAACCUGAAGGUUGAGUACAAGAUGGUCGCCACCAGGAGCAGAAAUGUGAGUGGCCUGGGUGUAGACCGUGGCGUCGUACAUGGGUUGAUGUACCUGUGUCUGGUGCCGAUGGGGGUCCUGGUGCUGGCCGUGCUGUUUGUGCUGUUCCCAGCCCUGCUGUCCCUCUUGUCUGGUGAACUGUGAAGACCAGCCAUGUCACAGACAGCUCCUAAGUCAGAGCACUGCUUUGUUCUUGUCACAUUUCAACUUAGGGAAAAUUGUAAACUUAUGUAAACUUAUCAUUCAGUCAACAGGCAUUGUCCAAACUUGAAUGAACUUCCCUUCCAAUUCCCCACUCUGUCCCAUCAGAUGGCAGGUACAGGUGCAGUGUGUACUACAUGAUUCAGUACAUGUUCAUGGAAGUCAAUCCAGCAGCUGAAAUAUGUCAGUUGUUUUGGACUCUUCCACUGUUUUAAGGGGUAUUUUGUAAUGGAAAAUUGGGUACCAGCAAAGGAAGGACAUUUUACUGAACUUUUCUAUUAUCGUGGCUUAGUUACAAUACUAUACACAUGUACAGUAGUUGUACCUAUGUUGCAUAAGAGCCAGGGGUGUUCCUAUUUUUUCGAGUCCACGGUCAGAAAUGCUUUGGAAUCCCUAAGUUGAACACAAUCUAAAGCAGCUUACCAAGUACACAUGUACAAAAUGUACACCUGUCCCCUCUAUUUUCAUGGAUAUUUAACAUUGUAAUUUAAAAUUUUCCAAUGGUUGACUGAACUUGAGUUCUAUCAAGUCUCAGGAUGAGCCAAACUGUAUGUGUAUCUGUAUAUACUGUUUUACUUUCUCUUACCUUGUGUCAUCUAGAUGGGAAGAAAGUCAAUGGUAGUAUCUAAGGUAUCCUGCUGUUCUACAUUACUGUAACAUGUUAGGGUGUGAAGAGUAACUUUGCAAUGUACAUGUAGCUUGCAGCCAAAAUUCAGAUGGUACCCAGAGAGAUGAUAAGUAUUUUUACCAACAUCAAGAAAGCAUGUAAUGUAAAAUUUUACAAAUUAUUCACAAGUACAUGUAGGGCACAAAGGAAAGUCUCCUUACAGUAGCCUGUCUCAUGGCCAGUUCUUGCCUUGUCUCUUACCCUCCUAUCUUUACAAUGUUGUAUUUAGCAUAGUACAGAUAAAGCAGUUCCACACAUGGAACAUUAAAGUGGUGACCAUGAAGUAAGUUCCCUAAUCUGAACAAGCCUAAAAUCCAGCUGUGAACACCGGUACCAUACCGGCUACGUUUUACCUCCAAUCUGUACAGAGCAGAUACAGGCAUUCAUGGCUGGAAUUCCUGCUACUUCUGAACAAUAUUCAGAAUCUCAUCCACGAUUUGGUGACUUUCACAGUGGCAAUGUCAACUAUUUGUCCAGCUCACAAUUGUUGGAACUAUUCCCAUGGUUGUAAGAAACUGCAAAUGAAUAAUUGUUAACUGAAGUUUUAAAAAGAAUUUUGUAGUGUGUUGUAGGUGUUAUAUGCAAGUGGUUAACAAGAGGAACAUAAGUGGACGAACCCACAGUCUUACAAAUGUGCAUCAAUAAGACCCACUUUACACAUCAUAUUCUGCAAUAUUGUUCGCAGCAUUGAGACGUCUUUACACAGGACAGAGCGAUGUGUUGUGGUCCAGCCUGUCCUGGGUGUAGUGGACAGUCCACCAGUCCUGGGAUGUUACUUUAUCACUUGGGUGAUUUUAGAUGCUGAUGUUUUAACAGUUGAACACAUUCUGACUGUGACAGGUUUGCAGGUUACACGUUCAGCAUUCUGUGUAUACAUUGAAUUUUGGUACAGUUUUAUGCUUAACGACUUUAAGAAUAACAACUUUGCCUUCCCAGUACUUAACCAGUAUUGUGGAAUAGUUCUUCCCAAAAUAAUCAAAUACAUUCUAAAACUUUUGCAUGGCGCAUAUAAUCACACACAAAAUUUUGGAUGGAGAGCAUUGAUGUUUUGGGUUAGAGUCAAAAUGAUUGUACAAAUGUAUUCAGUCCACACUGGUCUGAGUUUGGUUCUUGGAUGUUUGCAAAAGAAAUGGAGCAGACAAAAUUAUAGAAAUUAAAGUUCCUAUGAUAGACCCAAACACUACCAAAUUAACAAGUCAUGAAGUCAACAUACCAGGCUGGUUAACUGAGUGUUCAAACAAUGCAAAUACAAUGUAGCUUCCCUACUUUUAAUGCAUUGAUAGAAAAAAAACAGUUUAAGUACUGGAAAACAAUGACUAAGUCUUUCUUAAACAGUGCUAAAACUUGACCAUUUUGGGGUUUACUCAAGUUUUGCUUUAACCAAAGUCCUUUUCGUAUCAUAUCUAGCUGUAACACUGUUUCACUAUACAAUAUCAUGUAGCUUUCAUUGGAUAUUAGGAUGUUCUUUUGGACUGGGGAUGUUUACUUACAAUUUUCUAAUCGAUAUUAUUCGUUCAUUCUGUGGAACCUGCAAAGAGUUGCUGUAAAUAUUGAGUUAAAUGGAUUUUUGUCCUGUUUUGUUGGUGUUGUCUUUGUUGUAGUAAAUCUGUACAGGAAAUGCAUGUUGGCUGUAAAAUAUAUUCAAAAUUAAUGUACAAUUUAGUGAAGCCAUUAAUACAUGUAACAGCAUGUUCCUGUUAUUUUAUAAAUUGCCUUGGCAUAAAUGGACUAGUCCUACUGUACAACAAGUUUUCAAAGUUUUCAGGCUGACGUUUACUUCACAGAUGUGUACCAGUAUGCAGCAUGGUCCACUGGGAAGGUUUAGGAGGGAAGUUCUACAAAAUUACUUCUUUCAUGCUCAACAUCCUCUGAUUGAAACUCCAUCUUUCUUCUCUCUAUCAACCACUUGUCUGAACAUGUUCCACAUUGCCAUGUCAGAGGACACGUGCAGGUAUAGACAAAUGGGUAUAUUUACAAGACUUAGUGUGUGUCCCACCUGUCCAGUCUGACCUGCUGUAUUGUCAGUAGUGGACAUGUGAAGUUACGUAGUGUGCAGGUGAACAUAAGGAACACACAAAUGUCCAGUGAGGGUUAUAUAUAGUCAGACACCAGCUAUCAGGGACUCUCACAUUUGUAUAGUUACAACUACCAUUUUGUACACAAUAUGAUUAUACCUUUUUAGCUUACAUAUUAGUAUCUAUUGAUAUCCUAGCAAACCUCCACUGUAAAUACUUCCCUGUAAUUUCUGAAAGCUGUUGCCUAUAUUUGCUAUACUGAGGGAUUACAAUGCACCUGCAAUAAUCUAUAGAAUUAACAGCAGAUACAUGUAUGUUAGCCCAAGGUGCACCAUGGGUCUAUGGAUUUGUUUGAUUUGUAGAUUGGUUAUGUUCUAUAUGUGGUAAUGUUGUUGUAUUAUACUGUGGGGUGCUCACAGUUGUAACUUUGUACAUUCUCUGCUGUAAAGAACUUCAAUUUCUUGGAAAUGUUAUCUGUUUCUGUUGUAGUUCCCCCAAUAAAUAGGCUAUAAAUGUUGGAAUAUAUUAUCUGCUAUGGUAGGAACUUGAUGUGUGAUGAUGUAACGUUACCUUCUGCACUUUAAUUUCUGAUUAUCAUGAAUAAAACUGUUAAA